CGCGUCUUUGACGCCUAAUGAAUGGUGCUGUGUUUAUUGUAACUUCAAAAUUUGUUGUAUCGACAAAGAAAACUCCAGCUUUUAUCGCAAUCGAUGUAUUUUAUUGUAAAUGUCUGUCCACAUCCAAACCAAACAGUAACAAUUUAAACUGAGUUCAUAUCAAAUGUAUGUAUCAAGCCUUCAUGUAUAACUAUCAACUUGAGCCGGGGUUUUGCGGUUGACGUACACAGAGUGCUCAUGCAUGAUUGCGGGAAGGAUGAAUUAUACUGUAUUCCCAGCCGUAGGCUUUGGCAGCAACAAAGCUUGGAAGAUUGACGACUCUAAGUAAAAUUUCAGCUGUUCUCAUCGUGCUCACUGAAUAGGACGAUGUAAUGACCCGCAGAGGAACUGGGUCAGGACAUUAGAAAGGGUUUCUUGGGUGGAUGGAAAGGCAGGUCCAGUCCAGUUGAUCAAGAGAAUGAACAAAAACAUAAGCUGCACAAAUCACUACAGAGAUGUAUUAAUUAUAAUCCAAACAAAGUUAAUAGAUGAUGCUGAAAGUGUGUAAUCACAAUUUUUGUCGGAGAUAAACAGAUCAUUGUUUAAUAGAUACUCAUACAAGAUGAUAGUAUAAUAUUGAAAUAGAGUAAUGGCCACUUCUCCAAGCCGCAUGAGUACAACACUUCCUGCUAACACAAGUACAUCCCUUGCUGAAGAUGGAAGGAAAUGGUCGUCUUUAGACGCACAUCAACAAGGACCUGAACCUUUCCAAUCCAUACCUGCUCAAGAACUACUCAAAGACAGCUGUAGCAAAUGUGGAUGGAUAAGAAAAGAGGGAGGAAGUGUAAAAUCCUGGCGUGACAGAUAUAUCAUCUUGCACAAAGGCUGCAUGUAUUAUUACAAUACUCCAGAUGCUAAAACUACAGCUGGUAAAUUUUCUCUCAGUGGAUACAGAUUGUCCCCAGCACCAGAGAAAACUUCCAAAUUUCAAUGGACUUUUAAAUUAGUUCAUUUACAACCAGAAAAAAGGACUUACUACUUUGCUGCAUAUUCUGAACAAGAAAUGAAUGAAUGGAUGAACAGUAUAGUAAGUGAUAUGAGAGAAUACUGUGGGACAGGAAGACAAAGCAUCAUAGAGCCAAAUGAUAAUGCAGAGCUGGAGUACUGCUACCCUGAAGUAGAACCUAAAUUUGACCUGGAACAAUUAGCAACAAUGUUUGGAAAACCUCAACCACAACCAGCAUUAGAACCAAUGUACUGUCCACCCCCUGAAAUGGGUUCUCCACAAGUGCAAAGAAAACCCCUGCCUCCUCAGAGACCUGCAUUUCCUUCACCUAAGCCACUUCGAGGAGGGUUCAGCUACACUGGCAUUCCAACUCCUGUGCCAGGCCAAGGAGGUGCUUCAUUAGGGGCAGUCAGACAAUCUCCUGGAAGGACAAGUCCUGAUUUUCCCCGCAAGUUAAGUGAUCCUCCUGCUCUACCGGCAAGAAAGGGAAAACCAUUAGCACCGCCCAAACCACUUCCUCGGCCACCUCCUCUGACGCGGCACACCACUGAACCUAUCAUGAGGUACCCAUCGUUGCCCUGUAGAGACCAAGAAGAAGAAGAAGAAGAAGGGGAAGGUUAUUUGGACAUAGUUCCAGACACAAAUCCUGAAGAUGUCAAUGAAAAGCAACCCGCCCUGUCAAGGUCUGUCCAGGGAUAUCCAGAUGGACGAAGCAUCCGUCGGCAUCAUAAUGAGAUAGUUCUUCCUUCCUCGGCUGUAAAACUCGACGUGGACAAGAUGCAAGUUGGGGCUCUCUUGGAAAAUAAACUCGGAGUCUACAUACUGCGUAGAAGUCAGAACGCACAGUCAGAGCGGGCUCUGUCCGUGUGGACUGGAGAUCGAGUACGACAUUACAUGGUGUUUCAGGAUGAAAAAGGCUACGCCCUUGAUCCUGAUGGCGUGCGAUGCAAAACAAUUGAGAAGCUAAUAAAACACUUUUACGACUUCACUUUACCAAGAUGUGACGUGAAACUUACAGCGCCUUAUAAAUAGAUUUGAAUGGACUAAAGGCUGACAUACAAAAAAAGGAUCAUCGAGUAACUAAUCAGAGUCAGCCAAAUCUUUCAUCUGUAAAAUUCAUCACGAUAAUUGUUGGUGUUGCUAAUGAAUCUUGUUGGGUGUUAUCAAACGGGUGAUAUUUUGUCUAGGUUGGACUAUAAUUUUAUACAAAAAUUAUUGCAAAUUCAGUAUUAAACGAUUCGAGGCUUUGAACAAUAACCCCGAACUGUGGGAUGUAUUCCUCAAAGCCUUAUUAUGUUGUCGAUUCCUUUACAUUGGAUUUUAAAAUGAAAUAUUUGAGCAAUUUGCGACUUGCUGAAUCGUCUUUUGUAAUUUUGUUGAUUUUUGAGGCAGAAUACGUCCUCAACAUACUUUACAUUAAGAUAGGGCCUCAUAUUCCCAAAGAAGAGUAGGGAUUGAAGAGAAGUAUUUUCCCUCAGGUGAUGCUUGGAAAAAUUUUAUGUCUUCACGAAAUGAAAACGCCCAGUUUUCUUUUUAAUGCCAGAUUUUCUUACUAUUGAGGUAUUGAACGUAUAGAAUUUUUACAAUUUAUGAUCGUUUGUUGUUUUGCAUGGACGGUUUAUGCUACUCAUCGCAGGUGUAUGAUUUUAACUUUAUAUUUUGAAGUUAGACAAAUAUGGAAGAAGGAUUAUGAUAUUCAUAGAAUCUCACAAAGGGGAAGAAAGAUCUGCUGACAAUUUUUGAAAAAAGUUUAUAUAAAUGCAAAACAAGGGACUUUGAUGUCGAGAGAUUUUAUACUAGUGUGUGGGCCGGUCCCACUUUUUCUGCAUAGAAAACGCCAUUGGCAAUUUGGAACCAAUAUGCAGUGCAUGGUGUUAGAAAUAAGACUUUAUGGCCAUAUUUUACCAUGUUCUCGUUAACAUCUUGCUCAUUAUGUGGAUAGAAUGAAAGUAAUUUUUAUUGUAUUUCUUUUUAAACUAAAAACUGUACAGUAUAUAGCGAUUAAAUGAAUUUUGCAUUGAUGCAUACGGAUGGUCGAUACCAACUGUUGAUUUACCAUGAAACAAUUUUCCUUAAAGUUUAACUGCGCAACUUUUUGGAUCAUUUACCGGAGCCAAUAAAAUCUCACAUCGCCUAUUUUUGAUCAUUUAUUUUCUGUCUUCAUAACGUGUUCGAUGAUCAUUCUCCCAAAACUGUUUUCAGAAUAUGAAUUCGUAACUAAUAUAUGAUUACUUUUUGUAAUCAGAGGAAUGUGUGGUAAAUUAUUGUAUAUUUUGAGAAUCAGCCUACUUAAAUCUUUUUUGAAACAUUGAAAUAAAACUAUAUUUUCCAUUUGA